UGAUUAGCUUACUGUGCUAGCCUUAUUUAUUAGUUACUGUGCUAGCCUUAAUGAUUAGCUUACUGUGCUAGCCUUAUUGAUUAGUUACUGUGCUAGCCUUAUUGAUUAGCUUAAUUGAUUAGUUGAUGUGCUAGUCUUAUUGAUUAGUUACUGUGCUAGUCUUAUUGAUUGGUUACUGUGCUAGCCUUAUUGAUUAGCUUAAUUGAUUAGUUGAUGUGCUAGCCUUAUUGAUUGGUUACUGUGCUAGCCUUAUUGAUUAGUUACUGUGCUAGCCUUAUUGAUUAGUUACUGUGCUAGCCUUAUUAAUUAGCUUACUGUGCUAGACUUAUUGAUUGGUUACUGUACUAGCCUUAUUGAUUAGCUUACUGUGCUAGCCUUAUUGAUUAGUUACUGUGCUAGCCUUAUUGAUUAGUUACUGUGCUAGCCUAGCCUUAUUGAUUAGCUUACUGUGCUAGCCUUAUUAUAAGGAAUGCACCAAACCUGAUACGUUGUGACCCGUUCGUAGCAGAAAUAGCCGUACAAUGGUUUCUCCAGUACCGCCGAGAUUCAGCCUGAUUUCGGUUCAGAUGAUAUUCUCAGCAUUUUGUUUCAUUUUUCAGAUUAAAAUGCCAAACAAAAGCAAAGCAAAGACUGCAAAGAGACGGAGCAUCGACGACGAGCAGCUCCCGCCCAAACAGAGCAAGGUAAACCGCAUGGACACCCAAUCCCCCCUGUGCUUCAACAGCCCGGUUCGCCUAUUCGAGAGCCUCAUCCAGCCCAUGGGGACGGAGCAGUUCUUCAGCGAGUACUGGGAAAAGAAACCCCUCCACCUACAGAGGUCCGACCCCGACACGGCCUCCUACUACCAGUCUUUGUUCCAGCUGUCCGACCUGCCGAGCCUGUGCUCCGAGGAUCUGGAAUACUACAGGGACGUCAACGUCGUGCGCUGCGUCAAUGGCAAGAAAAAAGUGUUCAACAAGCCGGGCCGAGUUAAGAGCAGUGUUAUCAAUAAGAACUUCGUUCAGAACAAGGCCACCAUCCAGUUCCACCAGCCGCAGAGGUUCAAGGAUGAGCUGUGGAGGAUCCAGGAGAAGCUGGAGUGUUUCUUCGGAGGCUUGGUGGGCUCUAACGUCUACAUCACACCACAGGAGUCCCAGGGCCUUCCACCUCACUACGACGAUAUCGAGGUGUUUGUCCUGCAGCUGGAGGGGCAGAAACGUUGGCUCCUCUACACUCCCACUGUUCCUCUGGCGGCGGAGUACAGCGUGGAGUCAGAGGAGAGGAUCGGCAGCCCGACCCAUGACAUUAUGCUGAAGGCAGGAGACCUUCUGUACUUUCCCAGAGGAACCAUCCAUCAGGCCAGCACCCCAGCAGGAGUGGACCACUCCACCCACGUGACUCUCAGCACUUACCAGAGAAUGUCAUGGGGAGAUUUGCUGUUGGACAUAUUUCCCAGCUUGCUGUGCAACCGCAGCAAGACUGAAGUCAGCCUGAGAGAGGGCAUACCCAGAGGCCUCUUACUGGGUAACAGUGAAAACCUGGACAACAGCAGGACACUGGCCGCUGGCCUCAGAUCUCUGGCUGAUGAACUGGAAAACGGGAUGCAGGAAGUCCGCUCCACUCACAUGAAGAGAGACUUCAUCACGAACAGACUGCCACCGUACAGCCAGCAGGAGCUGCUUGAACCAUCUGGCAAGAUUCCUGCCUUGGAGGAUAUGGUGUGUUUGAGGUUUAAAGACCAUAUGGUGAUGACAGUGGAGCCCAGCCAAGAGAAAACAGAUGAGGCCACAGAGAUGGUAAUCUUUGUCUUACACUCUUUGAAGAACCACAGGGAGAGCCACAUGAUGGGUGGCAGUUGUGAUGAAGAGGAGGAGCAGGACAUCUCCAGGGGCCUGCAGUUCCCCCUGUCCCACCUCCAGGCUCUGCGGCAGCUCCAACAGGCAGAGCAGCUGGCCGUGGCCCAGCUCCAGCUGCCCACACAGGAGGCCAAACUCAGUCUGGUCCUGGCUCUCUGGAGUGAGAGCCUGCUAGUUGUGCUAUAGCACACCACUACGUCAACAUAUCACUGAAGUGAUGUAUUAAAUCCACAUCUGUUGAUAUUUAUGAAUACCUCCUUAAUAUUCCUCUUUGUCUUACCGUGUUUGUUUUGAUCUGGAGCCCCCUGAAUAAAGCUGCCCCAGCUCCAGCAGUGCAGAUGUAGCUUUUUGAAGUACCGCUUCACACCAGCAUUUGUGAUAGAGAGCUGAAGUGUUGUGUGUUGAAGUGCGGGCUAGCCUCUGUUCCACCAGCUUCUGGAACUCAAUAGUCUCAUUCAAGGUUUCUGAAUAUGUGGUGUAUAUAUAUAUAUAUAAAUGGUUUACAUCGGCAUCCACUACUAUACUCGCUGUUACAUCAUUGUAACUUCAUAUCAAUGAAAUCAACCAAAGCUCUAUUCUAAAUUUAUUUUCCCAAAUUUUGUUGUAAUCUCCACUGUCCAAAAACGGUCGAGCCGUGACAUUAAAGGCUGAUCGAGCGGUA